GCACGUGCGUAUGAUGGGAUACACAAGCCGUGAGAUUGCUGCUCCGUUUCUGCUUCCGGAGAUGGUUGAGCGCAUCGCGGCCAUGCUCAACUAUUUCCUCCUAUACCUCGCGGGACCCGAGCGUAGGAAACUCAAGGUGAAGGACCCAGAGAAGUUGGGUUGGAAUCCCAAGGAGCUCCUCUCCAUGAUCACUGAGAUUUACCUCAACCUGUUCAACGCGGACAAAGACGAGGUGUUUGUCACGGCCAUCGCCGCCGACGGCCGGAGCUACAAGGAUGAGGUGUUCGUGGAGACAUCCAACGUCCUCAGGCAACUCGGAUUAAAGUCCAAUCACGACAUAUCAAGGUUCGACGAGCUCGCCGAGCGAGUAAGGCUCGUUGCUGCUGCGGCGGAGGAGGAGGAGGCCGACCUUGGAGAGAUUCCUGACGAUUUCCUUGAUCCGGUGAUGUACACGCUGAUGACGGAUCCCAUCAAGCUACCGAGCGGCGGAACGAUGGACCGCGCCAACAUACUUCGACAUCUUCUUACGGAUGAGACGGAUCCGUUCACCAGACAACCCCUUAAGGCGGAGGACCUGGUGCCAGACACAGAGCUCAAGGCAAAAAUUGAUGCUUGGAUUGCGGAGAGGAAGACUGCCGUGGGGAAGACCUGAGAAUGACGAAACACGUCUUUGGCUACGUUCUGCUGUGCGCUCCUCUAUUCAAAUCUAUCUACGGAUCCUAUC